AAUUGGCCGAUAAUUACUUCCACCUCUGGAAACUGGGUCACGCAGAAACUACCUUUCCCUUUAAAGAUUUUGAGAAAAAAUCAGCGUGAAGUUCAGGAACCAUGAGUAAAGGAACUUGACUAAGUACUUGGAUCCGCUUCUGUGUUUGUAUGGUGAAGAACAUGAAUUUUCAGCAUUAAGGGUGUUUAGCGUGAAGGCAGAAGGAAGGCCCCAGUUGACUUCCUGGAUUAAAAAAACAUGUUUAUAAAAGUUGAGGUUUCCGUCAAGUAAAAAUAAAGGAAACUUCCUCAUUGUAACAGCAACAUGUGCGACACGAUCACUCGCCAGUUAAGGAGAAUUGUGUGUUCGGCGUGUGGAAUAGUAAAUAUAAUAUACCUAACGACAACAAUAUCAGUUAUUGUGCUUAUGCAGUUAUUUUAUGUGAAUUAUCAGCUGAGAUCAGUGGUACCAAUUGCGAACAAUGUGAAGAAAGAGUUACAAGUUUUUAUUUCUUAUCGGAGUUUAAGUACCAGCACACUUCCUACACCCGCACCUACCACUAACCGGAAGUCUAACCGGAAGUCUGUGUUCAAAACUCGGAGGCCAGUUGCAAAGCGGCCCGAUAUGUGCAAAGGAUGUUUUGCGCAUGAUUAUACAUAUAUUCUUGACAAUGAGGAUAUUUGCAGCACAGAGGAAGGGAAACAACCAGUUAAUUUAUUAGUGCUUAUAUCAACAACUCAUAAGAACACGGAAAGUAGGAAAGCGCUAAGAGAAACGUGGUUAACUCCCUCUUGGAAAAAUACGGGCGACGUCAGAUACGCCUUUCUUUUAGGAAUGUCGCCCGAUACUGCCACCCAGGUUGCUAUAGAAACCGAAAGUGCCACCUAUCAGGAUAUCAUUCAAGAAGACUUUGUAGAUAGCUAUAACAAUUUGACCCUAAAAACCAUGAUGGCUUUCAAAUGGGCGAGCACUAAGUGUAAAAACGCUAAAUAUUUUAUGAAGACAGACGAUGAUAUGUUUGUUAAUUUGGAUUCCUUGAAGGCCACCUUAAGAAAAAAUAGUUUUGUUCUUGAAAAAUCUAUAGGUGGGUUUUGUAACCUGUCAAGAGAACCUAUUAGAACUAACACAUCGAAAUGGUAUGCACCUUUUGAGAUGUACCCGCAUAAGGAAUAUCCGCAAUAUUGUUCCGGAACAGGAUACGUCACGAGUCUUGGGGUUGUGGAAAAAGUUUAUAAAGUUUCAAAAAAUGUUCCGUUCUUUUAUCUAGAGGAUGUUUACGUUUCUUUGUGUAUGAGAAAACUCGGAUUAAACAUGACGCAUUUACCCGGCUUUCACGCCGAUUUUCAGAAACCCGGAUGUGUGUAUAAAACAAAUGAAUUAGUGACCUCACAUAGAUUAACACCAAAACUCCUUAAAGAGAUAUGGAAAAAGAAAUGUAAAGAUGUUUGAAUGUAUUCAGCGUAUUUUAAUUUACUGUAUUAAUUUAUUGUUUUGAAUAUCUGAAUUUCAUCUUUAAACGAAAUUCACAUAUUAAUUUGUCCGUCCGGUUGAAACAAUUAUUUAUGAUGUAAGAUGUUUACAUGUAAAUUAUAGACAAUUAUUUUCAAACUUUUAAUCCGUUGUGUUUUAUUUUCCCAAAAUUUUUAUAAUAUAGCAUUAUACAUUUAUUGACUGAGUUCGAGGGCAACAUGCGUUUUGUAGGACCCAAGAACCAAACUGUCUGGCAGUUUGGUUCGAGGGUCGACAAAACGCAUUGUUAUACCCUUAUAAAUAUCCUUCUAUAUAUUUAUUACUAGAUAAAAAGUCCAACAAA